AUGCAGGACAUCGAUGAAGGUCGAAGGCUGCUCAUGGCCAGCCAUGACGCAGAUGACGCAGAAGCAAUCUCUUGUUCAGGCGCAUCUGGACACUCCAGGGACAUGCAAAAGGAGCUGGACGAGUGGCGGCAGCAAAGAGCCAGGCAAGGUAAAGCUAAGGAGAGCACCUUAGAGAGAAGCUUCACCGCUAUCACGCCGAAAAAGAUGCAGAGGAGGAUUCCUCUCUCGCCGCGAUGUUCCAGUGUCGACAGCUCGUCCACAACAGUUCAAGAGCGCGACAUGCGCAAGGAACUGCAGUCCUGGAAGGAGGCCAGAGCAAGGCAAAGCAGAGGCAAGGAAAACUUGCUUUCUCAGCCAUGUCGAGGGGUGAAAUCCCAGCGGCCGAGAGCCACUGACAUGCGUCGGGCGUCUAGCCCUGCUUCACCCACGGACCCAGGAUGCUUUAUGGGGAGCCCGGGUUUGGGAGGGAGCGCUGUUGCUGCAGCCAUCGCCGCGUUGGAGCCUCCCUUGCUGCUGGCACCACCACCUUCGCCCACCGCUCGGACCUACUCAAACUGUCCUGGCCUGAGGGACCUGACCCUGCAACCCAGCGUGCUGCAUGCUGCGGUGCUGGCGGCAUUCUCCGUGCCGGAAGAGUUCUCCAGCCAAUCUUCAAUCCAAAAUU